GGCGCUGUUCACGUGUUGGGUAACAGAGACAAGCUGCCACUCCCCCUUCCCUCUGUGGGUAGCAUGAUCUAACCGAAACUUCUGGACCUCCAGCAGCACGUAAACUCGCCAUAGUUGUCAGCUGCAGAAACCGACGUCCCGCCCAUAAACGGUAAAUAUGCUGCCUGACAAAGUUCCUGACACCCCUGUGGAAGUCAUAGUGGAUCUGUUGAUAAAGGCUAAGGGCAUAGCUUCAACAUGUGCCACCGUUCCAGAGGAACUGAAAAGCCACCUGCAGAAGGCUCUCGACAUUGCCAGUGGACUGGACAACUACCUGGAGAAAAUUACCACCAAAGAGAGCGAACCUCUGGCGGAGCUGUAUAAGAAGACCAUGUCUCACAACUGGGACCAAGUGUUUGAGGAGGGCAAGACUAAGUUCCGGCUUCCAAAGGAGUGCAUCACUGGCCAUGUUGAGGGUCAGGCCCUUAAGAUGCUGAUCCACAUGAGUCAAGCCAAGAGGGUCCUGGAGAUUGGGAUGUUCACCGGUUAUGGAGCUCUGUCCAUGGCAGAGGGGCUUCCAGAAGAUGGCUGCCUGGUGGCCUGUGAGCUAGAACCGUACCUUAAAGAAUUCUCUCAGCCCAUCUUUGAAAAGUCUCCACAUGGUAAAAAGAUAACUGUCAAGAUUGGAUCUGCCAUGGAGACCCUUAAGGAACUGGCCGCCACCGGUGACCAAUUCGACAUGGUCUUCAUUGAUGCAGACAAGAAUAAUUAUAUCACUUACUACAACUUUAUUAUGGACAAUAACUUGUUGAGACCGCAAGGGGUUAUAUGUGUAGAUAACUCACUCUUCAAAGCAAGGGUUUAUCUUAAAGACACUACGGAUAGCAACGGCCUGGCUCUCCGAGAUUUCAACCAGUUUAUUGCGAAUGAUCCCCGGGUAGAGCAGGUCAUCAUCCCUCUCAGAGAUGGCAUCAGUCUUAUCAGGCGUGUCUCUCUGACCUCAACACAUUUGCUCUCUCAGGAUGACAUUACGGACGAUGAAGUCUUUCGAGGUGUCAAAGGCCGUUUCAUCCUUGAUCGGAUGCGUCUGGAUGGGAAGGUGGCCUACGUGACAGGUGGCGGGCAGGGCAUUGGCCGGGGUUUUGCUCAUGCCCUGGGUGAGGCUGGUGCCAAAGUGGCUGUGGUGGACAUGGACCAGACCAAAGCUGAGACAGUGGUUAAGGAGCUCCUCCUCAAAGGUGUGAUACAUGGUCGCAAAAAGGAACUGUCUUGCAUAAGUAAAGAACUUCAUGUUUAGUCACAUUUAGCCACA